GGAAAUAGCAAAAUGUCCAUGAUUAAUUCUGAAUCUCAACCAAUAGCUAUAGUUAGUUUAUAAAUGGAAGAUGGAGUUGAAGAAAUAAAAGUAUAUGAAGGAGAGGAUGUAGAAUUAGAAGUGGAGCUUUUCUGCUAGAGAUAUAAGCUUGGUAAUGAUUGUUUAGAAUAUCUGGUUAAUUAAAUUAAGCAACAAUUAAAGCGUGAACCCUCACCUAGAUUUGGAGAUUUUAAUAAGUAAAGAUAUUUGAGCAAAGGGUCAUUACAAACAAGAAGCAGUAAACAGAGCGAUUUUGGACUUAUAACAUCAGCUAGCUCUGAUGAAAAUUAAAUAUCAGCAUAAAAGAGUUAUGAAGAAUGGCAGAAAAAAAUUAACAAGAAAGUUGAGGCUAAUUCAAAUUCUAAAUUUUAAUUAUAUGGAUAAUCAUCAAAUAGCUGUAAGUUAUUUUAAUAUUUAGUAAAUAAUUAAAACAAUUCUAGUGCGAUUAAUAAAAACGAUAGAAUUUAUGGAGAAGCAACAACCCUAAAAUAGAAUAGGUUUGAAAAACAAAAAUAGCAGCAACCUUAAAAUAGUUUUAAGCCUAAUAUUUCCCCAAAUACUAGAUAUGUUUAGCAAUAUAUAAAGAAGCCUGAAGAUGGCUCAUUUUGUAAAAUUGGGCAUUAGUUUUAUUAGAAAGAAAUGGGAUAAAAUUAAAAAACAUAAUAAUAAAUACUUCAAGCUUAAAAGGACUAAACUUAAAUGAGAUCCUUUUAACCAAGAAGAUCUGAUAUUACAAGCCGAAAUCAUUCAGAGCAUAAUAGAUCAUCAAGCUAUACAAAGAAUAGAUCAAAUACUCCAGUUAAUGAAAAAUCUUAAGGCUAGGAAAAACAAGGAAAAUAAAAGAAAUUUGAUUAGCUGAAACAGGAAUUUAAAAAAAUUUACUCUAUUAAUCCUCAAAUAAUUAAUUUAUAUAAAAAAUAAGAAAAUUUAAAAGAAUCGUCCUAAUAAAAAGUUAAAAAGUUUUUUACAGAUUAAUUUGAAAAGAAAAAAAGGAUUGAAUAGAAAUAGUAAUUAAUUUAUUAUAAUUAGACCAGAAAAAUCAAUCUAAAAUAAUUCUACGUUUGAAAAUUAAAUUAUUAAAGAUUAAGUUUAUUAAUAAGCUACUAAAAAUUAGGAUUUUGAAAAUCAAAAACAAAUUCAAUUAAAGUAAAAUAACAGAAGCACAAGUAAUUUAUCACAUAGAUCAGAUUCUGGAUAAUUAAUCAAUAUUACAAAAAUAAAUUAGUUUGACCAUAAUAUAAAAAAAAUAUUCAGACAAUUAGACGGAGAUAAGGACGGCUUUAUUAGUAAAGAUAAACUUAAUUUGUCAGGGAUAGAAGUUUAAUUACUAGAAUUAGUAAGUGAGGCAUUAUAUAAAAUAGAAGAAGAAGAUAUAAUCGCAGAUCAAAAUUAAUUUAAAAAGAUUUGUUAAUCAAUGGGAUUAUCAGAAAAACUUAAAAAUUAAAAAAUUUGA